AUGCAGCUGGUUAAAGAAAGAGACCAAGGCUCAGCAGGCACCAAUGAUGGAUCAGCUCUUAUCGAAGAGUACUCAACUAAGCUGGAUACGUCAUUUAUUGGACAAACAACGAUUCUAAUUGCUCGAUUCAACACCUCCGAUGCUACGCUUCAUAUCAUCGAUACAGCGGCCCGAUCUUGGGAUGGAAGAAUUGUGCUGAUGCGAGUUGUCAUCAAUCCUGCUCGGCCUGAUCUGUAUCUCUCUCAAGCAUUUCUCAUUCCACCAACAGAUUACAAUGUAACUCUGGAUACAAGAACUCUGCCAGUCGAUCACUCAAUGACCGGAGGAUACUGGGCAAUGCUUGCAGCACCACCAUUCGUUUGUGCGUCACUGGACACGCAACGGACAGUAACCGGUAAGGUACUAGUGGUCGGUCUUGGCGCUGGGCAACUCAACAAUUACCUGCACAAUCAUUUCCCGAGGCUGAACAUUACUGCCGUGGAGAUCGAACCAGCAUUUGGCGCAAUCGCAAAAAAAUAUUUCGGAUUUAAAGAAGAUUCGCAUCAACGACUAUACAUUAUGGAUGGGAUCGAAUUCUUGACAAAAGCUGCUUCUGACGCGAAAAUUCGAAUUUGGCCAUUUUAUACGGUGCAAAUGGCAUUUCAGGGCGAAAAUAUGAUGCCAUCUAUAUCGACGCCUGUCCGUCGGCGUAUCGCGAUGCUCAACAUUACUGCCGUGGAGAUCGAACCAGCAUUUGGCGCAAUCGCAAAGAAAUAUUUCGGAUUUAAAGAAGAUUCGCACCAACGACUGUACAUUAUGGAUGGGAUCGAAUUCUUGGCAAAAGCUGCUUCUGACGGGCGAAAGUAUGAUGCCAUUUACAUCGACGCCUGUCCGUCGACGUAUCACGAUGGUGAUGAGGUGCUGUGUCCUGCUGAUGCAUUUCUGAAUAUCACCACUAUUGGUCACAUGAAAAAAACCUUAGCAAAAACGGGUAUGCUGCUUCUUGUUACAAACUCAUUUCGUCAUAGUUUUAACUUCCCUGAAUAA